AUGACGGACUGGUUGUUCUCUGUAACAGGGGCAGUGAGUCAAUCCAUGGACAUGGUCAUGGGCACGAAAGUCAAGGCGCGGACAGUUGUUGGAGCCAGUGUCGUCUCACUCUACCACGUAAGUUUCCUGGUAUCACUUCUCUGGGGCGUCGUGCUGGCGAUCUUUGUUCUACGGACGCAUCAAUGGACGCAUGACUACCAAACCACGAGUCCGCCUAUGAAGAAGUUCCCCGUCCGGACAAGCUGGCUCAUAAUUUGGACUAUCGGACUUGGCUGCGGCCUGCUGUCCACAGCGCGACUCCAAGCACGCGUCACGGGCAGCGAUGUUACAGACGUUUUGGCCAAGUGUCUGCGCUACUUGUUCGUCUCGGUGUACACCUUAUCAGUAGGCUGCAUCAUUACAGCCAACGUUAUAUUGUUUUUACAGAGGAGAAAACUACACACGGGGGAGGAAGUGGCUCACAACUUGGCCACUGCGACGACGGAAGAGUCACUUGGAAACAGCUUACAUCCUAUUGCUUUGGCGUCGACGAAGACAUGGGAGCUGAAAGCGCAACAGGCGCUACGGGUAGCGCACGAGAAGCUUAUGCACUACUUUUUAGUGGUACAAGUGCUGCAGCUUCCCAUGAUACUAUGCUAUAUUCUUGGCAAGGACAUAGUCAGUUAUAUCGCGUAUGAGGUGGCGAGCUGCUGUUUAUGCAGUGUACCAUUGUUCAACGCUAUCGUCUUUGGCGUGAGGCAUGUGGGAGAAGCUAGAUUCCCUCGAGAUGAAGGCGAUCUACGUGACAACCAGACGAUGCUGCAGUCUAGCAGCAACAGCUCACGAUACGGAGACAGACAGCGAGAUCGCAUGGGGACACGACCAUUGACUGGUAGCGGCAACAAUGGUGUUGCUAAUGUAUUAGCUUCAUCAUACCGGAGCGUGUUUGGAAGCAGUGCUGCGAGUAGCAAUACUGUGAAGGAAUCGAGGAAAAGUACGUACGUGGGCAAUGAGGUAGUAGCUCUAGAGGAGCUGAAUGGGUUAUCGAACGUGUCGUUCAUUGCUGAAGGAGCAGCUGGCAGCGUGUAUAAGGCACAUUGGCUGGGCAUUGAGGUGGCUAUGAAAGUCAUUAAGCUUCCCAAUGGCGGUACGAUAAAUGUGGCGGAUGCGGAGCUUUAUCGCACGAUUAUUCAGAACUCGGAGGACGCGUUUAUCGAAGAGGCAAAGCUAUGCUCUCGGCUGCGCCAUCCAAACAUCACGUUGUUCAUGCGCGCCGGGUAUUUCGAAGGCAAAUUGGGAAUUCUGACGGAGUAUUGCUCACGGGGUAGUCUUAAAGACGUACUUAAACGUCACUUCCCACUUGGUUGGCGGCGCAAGGUGGCGCUGGCCCUUCAUGUCUCGAAGGGUCUCACCUACUUGCACGCGCGCAACCCGACGUACAUCCACCGUGAUCUCAAGGCAUCAAACAUUCUGGUCACCGAGACGUGGCAAGCUAAGCUGGCAGAUUUUGGGAUUUCCAAGGUGUCCAAUUUCGUCAACCGCGUGCGGUAUAGCGAGCGUACUGUGAGCUUUCCAGAGCAGAAUCCCAGUAUGUCAGGUGAACUUACGUCGUUUGCCGGCACAUGGCGCUGGAAUGCCCCAGAGAUUUUGCAGGACCCGCACAACUGUAGGUAUAGUCGUGCAACGGAUAUGUACUCGUUCGGUAUGGUGUUGUGGGAAAUUGCCUCCGAUGGUGCUGUUCCCUUCAGCGACACCAAGUUUGAUUUCGAGGUCCGCAAGAAAGUGCUUGUGGAGCAGCGACCGCCGAUUAAUCCUGGACAAUGUUGCCCACAGCGCUUUGCUCAGCUUAUAGAGGAAUGUUGGGCACACGACCCAGCUCAUCGUCCUUCAGCACCACAAGCUGCCGAGAUUCUGAACACGAUUAUGGACAACAUGUCGAAGGACUCGGAUGAUUUUGCCACAAUGGCGUCGGUAUCGGGUUCCGAGUACACGAACAGCAUCUUUUCGUCCGUACGAAAUGGUGACGGUACAUCGGAUCUGGAUCGCCGACCCAGCUCUAUCCUGGGCCAGCGCAUUACUAGCUUUUUCCGCGGCCGGUUCUCCACCCGCAGUAGCAGCAGCAGCGGGAUGAGCGAAGAGUACCAUGACCAUCUAGACAACGAGCAGUUUUACAAGUUCACGUCUCCAUAUGCUGGGCCAGAGAACAUUAGUAUGCUGAGCGCUCGAGGCAAUACUGCAGCGGAAUUGAGUCCAACAAACCACGAGUCAUCGGGUCUCCCUAUCGUUGGGCUUCCGAAUGAAAACCGACACGGUGAUGGUCUAGUCGGACGUCGUCUUUCAUCGUUGGACGAGUACGAUUUCGAGAUGGAGGGCGUCUCAUCUGAUGUGUCUACGACCUACAGCAGACCUUCGUCCGUUGAAGGAGCCUCAAUGCUACCGCCCUUUCGCGAGGUCAAGCAUGUCAAUGGUAGACGUGGAGAGGUCAGACCGAGUGAAGAUCCCCGACCAAGUGAAGAUGAAGCUGAGUUUGUGCUCGGUGCUAACGGUCGGAUACGCCACCUCCAGUACUAG